CCGCUCUGCGCCAUCUUCAGUGAGUUACUUCAACAUGUGCAUACCUGAGCUUACAUAAUCUAUAAUACCAUAUACUUAUACAUAUUUUUUUAAUUGCCCGUUUAUUAAAUUUAAAAUAAUAAAAGAAUCGAAUUAACAAUCCGAAUAAUUUUGAUCGAUACAGCCGGUCGAGAGUUGAGUAGGUUCUUCCAGAUUGAAGUGUGAUUUCUGUCAGAUUUGAAAUGCAUUUUUUUGUCGAAUCUGUAAGUAAUUAAAAUAAGUUUUUACUCAGGAAUUUACGGAAAUGAAUGUUCCCGUUGUUUUCAUCGACUUGACCUUGGAGGAGCAAGCGAUAGAGCUCCGUGUCUAUUUUCGCUCCCUCGGGGCCGAAAUAUCCGAAUCCAAAAGUCAAAAGGGUAUAGAAGACGAUUUGCAUAAGAUCAUAAGUGUUUGCGACACAUGCUUCAAAGAGGGAUCCGAGUCGGAAAUCGAAAGCGUGCUAAAUUCCAUUGUAUCGAUGCUUGUGUUGAUUCCUCCGGACAGGACUGAAAACCUCAUCCUGGCUUUCAGCGAAAAACUGACUAAAGCCAAAGGCCAAAUGUUGGGGCAUGUGACGCUCAGGGUGCUCUGGUUGCUAUUUCAGAGCUUGGACGAGAGAAGUCCGAUGCGGUAUCAUGUUUAUUACCACCUGGUUCAAAUCGCAAAACAGGUCGACAUGGUGAAAGCGAUAUUCACGAGUAUCGACGAGCUCAAGCAACAGCUCAUGGCUUGUCCUCCGACAACUGAACAGAUGCAGAAAUUACUCCGACUUCUCCAUGAAGUGCUUCUUAGUUGCAGAGAAAGUGAGCUAGCAGCUAAAGUUAUGAUGGAACUGCUCGGCACGUACACAUCUGAAAAUGCAUCUGACGCUAGAGAAGAUGCAAGGAUGUGCAUUAUUUCCGCCUUGGCAGACCCGAAUACAUUUCUACUUGAUCCUCUUCUUUCGCUUAAACCAGUACGCUUUCUUGAAGGCGAACUUAUUCACGACCUGCUCACUGUCUUCGUUUCCGAAAAGCUCAUGGAUUACAUAAACUUCUACAAAGACCACAAGGAGUUUGUACAAGAGUUGGGCCUCGACCACGAAGCCAAUUUGAAAAAAAUGCGCCUACUUACGUUUAUGCAACUUGGCGAGAGUUGCCCUGAUAUGUCUUUUGAUAUGAUCACAUCCGAACUUAUGAUCCCAGAGGAUGAAGUUGAGAGUUUUGUAAUCGACGUGCUCAAGACUAAAUUGGUAAGGGCGAGGAUGGACAGAGCAGCAAGAAAAGUGCACAUAUCGAGCACCAUGCACAGGACUUUUGGACCCGAGCAAUGGGAGUCGCUCAGGCACACUCUUCAGAAUUGGAAGGCCAACCUCAAAUCUAUUCAAUAUGGAAUGGCUUCUGUCGUCGACCGAAUCCAGCAGCAUGGAUGAAGUAGUGGUAUUUUUUUAAUUGUGUUUAGUCACAAUUAUAUUGUGUGUUACCUAAAUUUUUUAUGUGAUUUAUAAUUAUAUAUUGUAUUUAUUGGAUAAAGCUAAACAUAGUUUUUA